GGCGGUCCCUACUGGCGGGGCGGUUGGGAGGCGAAGGGAGAGUCUUUUCAGCGCUGAGGACUGGCGCUGAGGAGGCGGCGGUGGCUCCCGGGGCGUUUGAGCGGGCUCACCCGAGCCCGCGGGCCAACGCGGAACCAGGCCCGACUGGCGGGACCGCCCCGGACUCCCCGCGGGGCUUCCUAGCCGCCAUGGAGGACGGCGUCUACGAGCCCCCAGACCUGACUCCAGAGGAGCGGAUGGAGCUGGAAAACAUCCGGCGGCGGAAGCAGGAGCUGCUGGUGGAGAUCCAGCGCCUGCGCGAGGAGCUCAGCGAAGCCAUGAGCGAGGUGGAGGGUCUAGAGGCCAAUGAGGGCAGUAAGACCUUGCAGCGGAACCGGAAGAUGGCAAUGGGCCGGAAGAAGUUCAACAUGGACCCCAAGAAGGUGUUUGGGGCCACGGGGCUGGGGGCAGCCUGGCGGACAUCCUGAGGGGGUGUGAUGGUUUAAAGGCCUACUUUAGGGGGACAG